AUGGAAAAUACAAACAGCAGCAGUACUACUAAAGCACCCACACUCUGUACGGCAGGAUGUGGGUUCUACGGCAGUGAAGCUUUUAACAACAUGUGCUCUCAGUGUUUCAAAGCACAAAACAAGAACGACAACAAUUCUACAACCACUGCUAUUGCUACUGCCGCUACGACUGCUGAUAAAAGCAAGACUUUACCUCAAAUUGCCAGAACAAAGACUUCUUCACCACCCAAAACAACACCAUCUACUCCUACUUUUAACGACAACAGCAUUCCUAUUGCUGCUGGAAAAUCGAGAAAGCAUCUUCGAAGCCCUUCACCAAAUGGGCCGAGAAUGCGUAGUGCACCUGCGUCCUCCAUCGCUUCACCAGUGCCAUCAACUACCAGCUCAUCAACAACAGAUACGAAUGCCACAACAAACGCUGAGACAUCGACAACAAAUCCAUCGGAUAAACCAGUUCAAUUAAAUAAGGGAAGGUGCUUUAAAUGUAGAUCAAAGGUUCCUCUCGCCAAACAAGCUGCAAAUAAGUGUAGAUGCAGCUAUGUGUUUUGUGAUAGUCAUCGUUACCCAGAUAGACAUGAUUGUGAUAUCGAUUAUGCAAAGAUGGAUAGAGAAAUCCUAGCAAAGAAUAACCCCAAACUGCUCACACGACGCCGCUAUCAAGAGAUUUGA